UACUAGCGCCAUCUGUGAUGAAGAAGGAACGUAACGGUUCGGUUUUUUUUGUCCGAGAAGGAUAAUUUUGCCUUACUAGAAGAGUGAAAAUGGAAUCUGCCGUUCAAGCUAGCAAUGUUUUCCCCUAUUUAAGAUCUUGUAAAAAAGAGUCUGAGAAAGCCAUCGAUGGACAAGUUCAAGGUGAAAUUCCAAAGUGGCUGAAAGGCUCUUUGAUUCGGGUAGGAUCCGGCCUCCUAGAAGUUGGUCCAGAUCGUUACAAUCACGUUUUCGAUGGCCUGGCUCUCAUGCACAAGUUCUCUUUCAACGAUGGUCACGUGACUUAUCAGAACAGAUUCUUGAGAAGUGAUGCAUACAAAACGAAUAUGAAGCACAACCGAAUCGUUGUGAACGAGUUUGCAACUGCAGGGAUACCUGACCCAUGUAAAACUAUAUUUCAGAGGUUUGCAAGUCUUUUCAAUUUCGAAGAUUUGACAGAUAACGACCUUGUUAAUAUCAUCUUAUACUGCGACGAGGCAUACGCUUGUUCUGAAACCAACUGCAUUUGGAGAAUUGAUCCAGACACUCUGGAGAGCUUACAUAAAGUUAAGCUGAGCAAAUAUGUGCCAGUUAAUGCUGCAAUUGCCCAUGCCCAUGAAGACACUGAUGGUACAGUUUACAAUGUGGGAAGCACUUUCAGCUUGUAUAGCUCUUACAGUAUCCUGAAAUUUCCACCAAAAGCGGAUAAAAGCGACAAUCCUUUCAAAAAUGGAUCAGUGGUUUGCAAAAUCCCCUCUUCAAAGACGUUUGGCCUCAGCUACCACCAUAGCUUCGGCAUGACUGAAAAUUAUUUCGUAUUCGUUGAGCAGCCGCUUUACCUCUCUGUACCACGCAUGGUAUGGGCACAAUUCAUUUCCGGAACAUUUGCGGAUGCUUUGUAUUGGGACCAAGACUCGCCGACUCGAUUCCAUGUUGUCAGACGUUCAGAUGGUCAGCUACUGGACACAGUGUACGUGUCGAAGGCGUUUUUCGUUUUCCAUCAUAUCAAUGCUUAUGAAGAAGACAAUCAUCUCGUGGUAGAUAUGUGCGUGUAUGAGCAGGGCCAAGUGGUCAAGACCCUUUACGUAAAGGCCCUGGAGGAACUGUUUCACAAUCCAAAAAAAAUUGCUGAGCCAUUCGUGUCAAGGGCUAAAAGAUAUGUUAUUCCUCUGUCCGUGGGAGGAGAGAAAAAAGUUGAUGAAAAUUUAGUGACUUUAUCAAAUUCUGAAGCCACGGCAUACAAACAACCGGACGGCUCCAUCUAUUGCAAUCCUGAGAUACUAACUGCUUCUGAUCCAUGGGCACCAGAGCUUCCCAGAAUAAAUUACGACUACAACGGAAAGAAAUACAAGUACUUUUAUGCGAUGGCAAGGAAUGCCACAUUGGAAAGGACACAUCUGAUAAAAGUUGAUGUUACUGAUAAAACUACUGUAUCGUGGAAUGAAAGUGGUGUCAUACCUUCAGAACCAGUUUUUAUUUCUGAUCCUAAUGCAGAAAAUAAAGACGAAGAUUCAGGUGUUUUGAUUGCAUCUCUUUUAUACCAAGACGAUGAGAGCAAGGUUUCAAUGAUUGUUCUUGAUGCCAAAUCAAUGAAAGAAAUAGGGAGAACAACUUUCAAGACAGAAUCUUCCAUUCCAGGAGAUUUUCAUGGAGUAUUCAUACCAAAGAAUUGAUUCUGUGAAAUUGAAUGCCUGUGUCGAUUUAUUUUUGCAUGUGCCUUUUGCAGCGCUUUUAAUCGAUGGAGGAGAUAUAUGUAAUUCUUUUCUGAACAUUUUUUUGAAAGCAGCUAUUUCCCCCCCCCUCAAAAGUAUAUUUGAUGUAUAGUUCCCCAAAUGUACUUAAGUUCGACAUUUUGCUAAGCUUUAUGUAUAAUUUUUUUUAAUAAAUGUCUUUUUUUUCUUA